AUGGACGACUCUAGCACGUUUGACGAUGGAAUGUACCAUCCCAACUCCAAAAGCUCCGACAAGCCAUUGUGGAGCACGAAGGAGGACCCGAACGUGACAACGGUCGUGUCGGCCGCCUCCCUUGAUCCGGGCAUCAUGGACCCUCCCGCACCGAUGUCGACAAGCGUUGGAACCCAUUCUGGAUCAAAAUCCAAGCACGCGGGCGCGGCGGCGAUUCCUAAAGAGACCUUUUCACCGUCACCGGUGACCGUUAACUCGAGCGCGGCCGUCAGCUCAAACGUGACGAUCUCCUCAGUUUCAGCAACUCCGACUGCAGAAACAUUGCCCAUCAAAUCGAUGGAGGUCGAGCCCCCUCCGCGUCAGCACAAUUCGGGGCGCGCGGUCGUCGCCGCACUUCUAUCCGUCUCGGCCGUACUUUUGUUAGUUCUCGUCGUUGGGUACCUGACCAGCCAACGGUACCGCAGAUGGAGAGAGAGCCGACGGGCGCGCUACACUGAGACCAAAUGGAAGAUCUCGCGUCCGUUCCAGGAGGGCAACGACCCAAGGUCCUCGAUGCGAGAAGUCCCCCAAAUCGAGAUCUCGCACAACGAGCUCGUCUAUGCGCCCUUGGACCCGUUUGCCCGCUCGAUCCCCAGACAGGGCCGGAUGCCAUUCAAUUUCGGCCGCUCAGAUCCAGUCGAGGAAAUCGAUGAGGAGCGGGGCUGGCUUUGGGGUACUCAGACGUCAUCCAAGAAGAAGGGCACCGACCGGCUCGUCACGCCUGGCUUGGGAAUCGGCAGAUACCGCUCCAAGAACGGCCGCAAUCAGUAUCAUGCUUCUCCCAGCUCACACCAGUCCUACCUCAAGCCUGAGGAGAGCGAUGACACGAAAGAGGAACUUCUGUACGCCGACGAGACUGGAGGGGAUUUUAAAUAUGCUGAUGGCCAACAGGAGAGAUCCAGCCCGCGGUUUAAUUCGAACGGCGUUUCAUAUCUGUUCGGCAAGUUGAAGGAUACCAUCAGUGAACGAUCUUUCGGUAGUCUAGCCUCUUCGACAGGAAGACUAAGGAUCGAUUCCAGCCGGGGCCGAUGGAACGAAGUUGGCCAGUCAGUUAUGGAUGAUGAGAAAGACAUCACCGCCCAAGAUGACGAAGAUGACGAAAAGACACUCGGCCUCCAAGAGCAUUUCAAGAGCAAUGCCUCACUCAGAUCAGCCUCUCCUUUAUCCGCCAUCGUACUCCCCGAGCUUCCGGCCUUUACAUGGGACGACCACUCGGGCCACAAGGUGGCCAAGACCAAACGGACACGCGCGCCGAGUCUCGAGGUGGAGAUCGAUGACGCCCAAACUAGCCGUGCAUUCCGUCAGCCCGACUCUUACCCGCGGAAUUCUGGGGUCAACUCGGUGAGGCAACUGGUGAAUCGACUGGAGGAGAAUGAGGGGAAAUACACUCAUCUGCCCAGCCCUUCCUCGAGACAGCCCCGCCGGAAACGAAAAGAAGCUCUCCCGUCUAGGUACGACUCCCAGCCUGACCCAUAUACACCCACCCCUGCUUCUUCAUCAAGAGCUCGAACCGAAAGAAUUCAUGGCUUGGUCAAGACCAAGUCUAAGCAUCUUUAUCCCGGCGGUUACCUCGGCCGAUCACCGACUAAAAAAAUGCGAAGGAAGGAGUCCCCCGACUCAUAA